AUGGAGCACACUUGCGUAGGAAGAGGAAACGCUUGGUCGCACUGCCGAGCAUUCCGCGAGGCGAAGGUUUUAUGCGGAUGCGGUCGAUUAGAUGGUACCGAAAUUUCAGAAGCUAUUUCGGCGGCCAUACACUUACGGCAGAAAGAUAUGAAGCCAGUCUUUUAUGCUCCUGACAUUGAGAUUUGUGGUUUAGUCGAUCAUUUUACUAGGGAGAUUGAUACUAGCUGCCCUCCUAGAAAUGCCCUCGUGGAAGCUGCCAGAUUAGCAAGAGCAUGUAUAAGACCUCUGACCGAAUGCGAAGCUUGUACACAUGGUGGUCUUAUUAUACCCGGAGGAUUUGGUGCCGCACGUACUUUGAGUAAUUUUGUCGAAAAAGGUGCAAAUUGCACCGUCUUACCCGACUUAGAGAAGCUUAUCGAAGACUUUUACUGCGAGAAAAAACCGAUCGGGACUAUGUGCAUAGCUAGUGCGCUUAUCGCUAGAGUGCUGAAAGGCGUGAGAGUUACACUUGGCAAAGAAUCACCUAAAGAAUGUUGGCCAUACGCUGAUGCUAUCAAGAGGGUCAAAGAGAUGGGCGCUAAAGUAGAAAUGAAAGAUGUCAAAGGGGUAACACGAUGCAAGAAGUACAACGUUGUCAGUACACCAGCCUGGUUGUAUGAGCCCGCUACUUAUGCAGAGAUUCACGAAGGUAUCGGUAAACUCGUCAUGAUGCUAAAGAAAUGCAUGAAUAAGUAA